GAUGAUGAUUAUAUACCAACACCGCCAGAUGGAGGUUAUGGCUGGAUUAUUGUUAUCUGUUCAUUUGUAUCUAAUAUGAUUGUUGACGGAAUAGGUUAUACUUUUGGAGUAUUUUUGGUGGAAUUUGUCGAUGUCUUCAAGGCUCCAAAAAGCAAGAUAUCUCUAAUUGGUUCAUUAUUAUGUGGAAUUUAUCUAUUUGCUGGUCCUAUUGUUAGUGGUAUGACCAACAGAUAUGGUUGUAAACCAGUUGCUGUAGUAGGAAGUUUUAUAUCUGCCACUGCUUUUGUGUUAAGUACAUUUUCACCAAAUGUUGAAGUUUUGACGCUGACUUAUGGUGUCAUUGGAGGGUUUGGUUUUGGCAUGAUAUAUUUACCAGCUAUUGUUAGUGUUGGUUAUUACUUUGAAUCAAAAAGAGCCUUGGCAACAGGAAUUGCUGUAUGUGGUUCGGGUGUUGGAACUUUUGUGUUGGCGCCUUUCUCCAAAUUCUUGUUAGAUCAGUAUGAUUGGCGCAAUGCACUGUUGAUUUUGGCUGGUAUUAUCUUACAAGCUGCUGUUUGUGGAAUGUUGAUGAGGCCACUAGAAGUCAGUAAACCCAAACCCACUCGACCACGGGCUAAAAAUAUGAUUGAUAGAAUAAAGGAACAAACAAAAUCAAAACCCAGUUCACCACAACACGAACUUCCACCUAUUGAUAGUAAGGACACUAAUAAAAGAAAAAGUGAUCCAGAGGUCCAAUAUCCAGUCGUGAAAACAACCAAAUUUAGCAAUGGAAGCCUUCCCAACAACAUGCAUCAUAAAAUUCACGAAUUUUCGCCUCUGUUAAGUGCUUCAGAUCCUAAAAAUAUAAUGUUAAAAGUUCAACCUAAUGGUCUCCAGAACAUUGUAGUCAACGAUAAAAGGAGCAAAUUAAUAAACUCAAAAAAUCUGCUUGCUCCCAAGGAGGACUAUAAACGUCCUUUAUAUCGAAAAGAUAUAUUUUACAGUGGAAGUGUUCUGAAUAUUCCACAAUUUAAAUCUCAACCUGAUAUGCGAAGUUACAUUCAGAGUAUUACAACAAUUCCGACGGAAAUAGAAAGAAAAGAAGAAUCUCAUUUUUGGCAAUAUCUUUGCAUUCCCAACUCUGCGAAAGAUACCCUUCGUGAAAUGAUGGAUUUUUCAUUAUUUAGAGAUGCGGGAUUUAUUCUGUUAUGCACUGGAAACGUGUUUGUUUUCCUUGGAUUUUAUGUUCCUUUCGUUUACUUAGUUGAUAAGGCUGUACUGAAUGGAAUAGAUGAACAUAAAGCAGCAUUUUUAGUAUCUGUUAUCGGUAUAACUAAUUGUUUUGGAAGAUUAGUCGCUGGUUGGUUAGCCGACAGACCUCGUGUCAGUAGUUUAUUAGUUAACAAUAUCUCAGUGGCUAUCACUGGUCUUAUUACCAUGUUAUUCCCAUUCUGUAAUGAUUAUAUUACUUUAAAUGUAGCAGCUUCAAUAUUUGGAACAUCACUUGGUGCAUUUAUCUCACUGUCAUCUAUAAUUAUAUGUGAUUUACUGGGGAUUGAAAAAUUGACAAAUGCAUUUGGUUUAUUGGCAAUGUUCAGAGGCAUGGCGGCGAUGGCGGGCCCCCCUCUAGCAGGGUAUAUUUAUGAUACAACUAGCAGCUACGACAUAUCUUUUUACACUGGUGGUGCAUUAUGUUCAAUCGGGGCCAUAUUACAUUUCUUGUUG